AUGAAGCCGAAUCAAUACCAACAACACCAGCAAGCGCCCCCCCUACGCAGCCGCGAACUCUUCAAAUUGCACUGGCUUUUGUGGCAAUGGUUAGGCGUCAAUAGCACUGGAAUCACAAGGCAACAGCUCUAUUACAUUUAUAGUUCACUACUGAAUAUCAGCAUAACAUUUUGGUUCCCCAUAUCCAUUUGGCUUGGUUUACUCGAACAGCCGUCGGUUAAUGAUUUUAUACGCAUUAUCGCCAUCGGUGCAGGCUGUAGCAAUUGCGCGUUGAAAUUUCUUGUGUAUGCCAUGAAACAGCAGAAAAUUCGUGAAAUUGAGAGACUUUUAGAGGAACUCGACGCCAAGGCAUUAAAAUCUUGCGAUCAGCUGUACUUAAGCAAGAUUUUUCAGCGCGCCAAUACUGUACUAACUGCUUUCAAGUUUAUCUGCACUGCACUUUGGGCUUUUUGCGGUCUCUCUAUUUUGCUGACAGUUUUCGUGGCGCAGGAACGUUUCCUUUUCCAACUCGCUUGGUUUCCCUUUGAUUGGCGCCAUUCGGCGUUACUCUACGCGUUGGCGAAUUUCUACCAGUUUAUGGGUGUAUGGAUUUUGGUGCUUCAGAAUUUCACAGAUGACACCUAUGCAGCGAUGGUGUUGUGCUUGUUGGGCGGCCAUGUAAAAUUGCUGGGUAUGCGCACCGUCCGAAUUGGUUAUGAUCGAAGCGAUGCACUCAUAAACGACUUGAUGCUGAGGCAAUGUAUUGCCGAUCACAAUACAAUAUACAGCUUGAUUGAGAAAAUCCAAGAUACCAUAUCACUACCUGCAUUCUUCCAGUUUGCCGUUACACUUUUCAAUGUUUGCAUGGUUUUGGCUGCGUUGCUCUUCUAUGUUGACUCCGCCGUUGGACGGCUCUUCUAUGCUACGUAUCUGUUCGCUCAGCAGCUGCAGAUUUUUCCAGUUUGUUAUUACGGCAGCAUUGUGGAAGCGUAUUUGAGUGAAUUGCAUUGCGAUAUUUACUCUUGUAGUUGGCCAGAUCAGAGUCGUGUCUUUAAGCAGCACGUGAUUUUGUUUGUGGAGCGUUCUUUGAAGAAGACAACAGUUUUGGCUUUCGGUAUGAUUCCCAUACACUUGGACACGUUCUUUCGCACGCUGAAGGCGACAUAUUCGCUGUUUGCGGUUAUCAUAAAAAUAAAUGAGGCCUGA